GACAACUGUUUAUCGCAUCCUGGCAAGCCAGUAUGAUCCACUCGGAUACAUCAUACCCUUUACUACAAGGGCCAAAAUUCUGGUUCAAACAUUAUGGAAGAGGGUUGAAAGCUGGGAUGAACCUCUACCAGCUGAUCUCCUUUCAGAAUGGCAUGCAUGGGAAGAAGAGCUUCCAAACCUACAAAAAAUAACAAUACCUAGGUGUUACACACCAGUAUGCAACAACACAUCCUCUACUCUCGAUAUACAUGUCUUCUGUGAUGCUUCAGAGAAAGCAUAUGGCUCUGUGGCAUAUUUACGGGCAGAAACGGAUGACUCUAUCCAAGUUGUGUUUAUCAUGGCGAGGUCACGCGUGGCACCUAAGAAGCAACUCUCUGUGCCACGCCUUGAACUCUGUGCAGCAUUGUCUGGGGCUCAGCUUGCCAAAACACUGAACUCCGAACUUACUCUUAACAUCAGACAGACAGUCAUGUGGUCAGACUCAACCACCGUGUUACACUGGAUAAAGUCUGAGUCAUGCACCUACAAAGUUUUCGUAGGCACACGAAUUGCAGAGAUUCAAGACCUUGUUGGAUGUGAAAACUGGAACUAUGUAGAUUCAGACAACAACCCUGCUGACGAUAUAACCCGGGGUAAGACCCUCACAGAUCUGUCCCACACCUGCCGAUGGAACCAAGGUCCAGAAUUUUUGCAACAGUCUCCAGACCACUGGCCUAUCCACCCCUCAGUGCCAGUGGAAGACUCAGAUGAACUCCGCAAAUCCAAAUUCUGCGGUAAUGUCUCAAUCAAUCAUACCUCUUUACCUAAUGUAGAUAACUGCAAAUCAUGGGACAACCUUAUCAUGACCACAUAUGAGUUUCUGCAUGGUGCUGCAGCACCCCCUAUGUCUGCCACAGACCGCAUAGAGACUGAAAUGGCUGUACUCAAACGUGCACAGACUGAAAGCUUUCCUGAUGAAGUACAUGCCCUUCAAGCCAACAAACCUGUGCAUUCAAACAGUCGAUUAAGUUCCCUUGCUCCAGCAUUAGACCCUGAUCUAGGCCUGAUUAGAGUUGGUGGUAGAUUACGGAAAGCUGCAACACUACCAGAGGAUGCACUUCACCCUAUUGUGCUGGCACCAGAACACCCCAUAACCAAACUGUUAAUCCAAGAUUUUGAUAACCGCCUGAUGCAUGCAGGUCCUGAAAGAGUCUUCGCUGAGUUAAGACGAACCUAUUGGGUUCUCAGAGGCCGUCAGAUGGUCAAAAAGCACCAGAGACAAUGUGCUGAAUGUAGGAAAUGGCGUGGCAAGCCUGUUAUACCUAAAAUGGCAGACAUACCAGUUUCUCGUCUGAGGAUUAAUCAGCCUCCAUUCUGGUCGACAGGGAUGGACUGUUUUGGUCCCUACGUGAUCAAAAUUGGCAGACGGCAGGAAAAGAGAUGGGGCAUAAUAUUUAAAUGUCUCACUACAAGGUGUGUACAUCUCGACUUGUUAUGCAACAUGGAUGCAGAUUCCUUUUUAUUAGCCCUCAGACGCUUCAUAGCAAGAAGAGGAAAGCCCUUUGAACUUAUCUGCGACAGAGGGACCAACUUCAGAGGGGGAGAGCGUGAGCUCUCUGAAGCUUUCGCAGAAAUGGAACCAUCCCUCCGAGAGCAGCUAGCCAACCAAAAAAUUUCCUUCAUAUUCAACCCACCGCACGCGCCUCACUUUGGAGGAGUAUGGGAGAGGGAAAUUAAAUCUGUCAAGGCUUCCCUCCAAGUUGUUCUGAAAGAUCAUACCUUCUCAGAGGAAGUCCUGAGUACAGUGUUGAUCGAGGUGGAGGGUAUCUUGAAUUCAAAGCCCCUGGGGUAUGUAUCGUCUGAUAUAGCGGAUCCAGACCCGAUUACCCCCAAUUUGCUGCUUAUGGGGCGGCGAGAUGCUUCCCUACCUCAGGCUGUCUAUGGACCCAGUAAUCUGCUUGGACGGCGUCGCUAUAGACACAGCCAAGUGAUCGCCGAUCACUUCUGGACCCAGUUCCUCAGAAACUACCUACCAAGUCUUCAACUUCGACAGAAGUGGCAGAACAUCACACCAAACCUAGCAGUCGAUCAGGUUGUAUUGAUUGCAGAUUCCCAACUUCCCAGAGCCCAAUGGCCUGUCGGAAAGAUAACCAGAGUCCUACCAAGUGAUGAUGGUGCAAUCAGAGCUGCUGAAGUGGACAUUAAAGGCAACACAUACAUCCGCCCUGUGGCCAAACUGAUUGUGCUACCAGAAAUGCCUGAAGAUUAGCUUGUAGCACCAGUCGCUAAGCUGGACAUUUUGUGGAGUUACAAAUUUCCUGUGUAAAUUUGUGGGGCGGCUGUACAAAAUUCCCUGCUUUACGCAUGCGCGAGUCCAGACUUGUCCAGACUUGUCUGGUGCAUGCGCAAAAGUUUUCAGUUAGACGCUACUGUCCAGCAUAAUAGUUUGAUACGGAGUUUCCCUGGCUUUAUUCCUUUAAAGUCUGUUUUUCCUUUGUGUGGUAUUGCUGUGCGUUUAUAACUCCAAACCACAUUUUGUGCAUAUUCACACAAAUAAACAUUCAGACUUGACAUGUUCACUCUGGAGUAGCUGCAGUUCUUUCUAACCGGAGAAAUAGGCCAGCUGAGUUCCAACCACCCAACUGCGCACAGAAUAUCCCACAAUAGUA